AAAUAAAUAAAUAAAUAUAAAAAAAGAGCAAACCCUCCCUCGCCGGCGCGAUCAUCGUUCACCAUGGCCGCCGCCGCCGCCUCCGCCGCCGCGCAGCUCCGUGCUUCCCUUCUCCCAAACCCUAGCGAUCCUCCCCGUUCCCCCACCCGCUUCCCUCGUCUCUCCUCCCUCCACCUACCCAGAUCCGCCACCCUCCAUCCCCGCCUCCUCGCCGGAUCCCCCUCUCUCCCGCCGUAUGGCCCUCGUGGUCCGCGCGGCACUGGAGGAGGCGGCGGCGGUGGCUCCUCGGACUCCAACGACGAUGAUCAUCAGCACGACAGGAAACCCUCGCGAUCCGAUCCAUUGAGUCUUUUCAUUGAAGGAUGGAGAUCCCGCGUAGCCGCCGACCCGCAGUUCCCUUUCAAGGUCCUCAUGGAGGAGCUUGUCGGUGUGAGCGCCAACGUGAUUGGCGACAUGGCGACUCGCCCUAACUUUGGCCUCAACGAACUCGACUUCGUCUUCUCCACCCUUGUCGUUGGCUCCAUCGUCAACUUCGUGCUGAUGUAUCUCCUGGCGCCCACUGCCGCUGCCGCCGGUGCUGUGUCGUCGUCGCUCCCUCCUUUCGUGUUUGCUGCCGGACAGUACUCUGCAGGGGCUCGGGUGGCGGCUCUUUUCUCGAAGGGUUUAGCGUUUGCGGCUGUUGGAUUCGCUGCUGGAUUGGCUGGGACGGCGAUCUCGAAUGGGCUUGUCUCGCUGAGAAAGAGGAUGGAUCCAGGGUUUGAGACUAACAACAAGCCACCGCCGACGGUGCUGAAUGCGCUGACUUGGGCAGCGCAUAUGGGGGUGAGUGCGAACGUGAGGUACCAGACGGUGAAUGGAUUGGAGUUCUUGAUGGCCAGAGUGCUGCCGCCGGCGGGGUUCAAAGCGACGGUGGUGGUGCUGAGGUGCUUGAACAAUUUGCUGGGAGGAAUGACAUUUGUUAUGCUGGCGAGGUUGACUGGAUCGCAGAAGGUGGAGGAGGAGGAGAAGGGGGAGAAGGAGAGGUUGAUCCUGGUGAGCAGAGAGGAAGAAGAUGGAAAUGGAGAUGGGAGGAGUGCAGCAGAAGAGUGAGCUUCAUUGCAAUGUAAGCUGUUAACUACUCUGCUUUACUGUUGUUGUUAGGAAGCAAACUUAGAACUCUCUGGCUUUAGUUAUUGUGGGGAAUGCCGAGUUUAGCCAGUACUCAUCGACUGUUUUAUUUGAAUAAUCAUGAGUUUGCUGGAAUUUUCAUCUUCUUUUUAUGGUUUUGAUAUCUAAAAAACUUGGUUUUUUUUUACUGGUCUUGUUCAUGCUUUGCCAUCAAAUGUAGAAUUCUGACAUUGAUCAAUGUGAGAUUGUAGAGUUUGAAUUGAACUGUUGAGUUGAACUGUCAGGUGGUUUAUAUGAAUAAUCAGACUAUGACUGGCUUGUUUU